AUGGUGGAAUUUAGCAGAAGUGAACUGAAUACAACUGACAGUAAGAAGGAUUGCUGGCAGAACGAAAACUUCGUUCAGAAGGCGAAGGUACUCAGCGCUGAAACAGUAACGAAGAAUGGUGGACCAACGUUGAAGUUUAGCAGUGUGGACGAUAACAUCGAUGUUCGGAUAUUACACGUACGAGUUUUAAUGAAGGCCACUUCGCAAUGUUUAGAUCUAAAUGAAACUAAUAUUUUAAUGCGGAAUAAUGUUGAAAAGUCCCUUCACAUGGACAAAACUAAGGAAGGUGAGGUAGGUUUAAAUACAUUGGUAUUGGUUGGUUCGGGAUCACGGCUGGAUUAA